GGCAAGAAGUUCAAGCAGAGCUGCUGACUGGCCAAACUCAUUCCGACCGUCAUGAUCUGUUGGCGAGAGUGUUCAGGCAGAAGCUCAUAAAGCUGAUGAAUAUUGUUACCAGCGACGUCGUCUUCUCAUACGUCAAACAUGUACUAUCAGAUUAUCUAGACCGACAUCGGGUACUUCCGCUAGUUGUUAAUAUUUUUACUUUUUUCUGUAGAGUGACAGUGAUGAUAGUAAUAAUACAGAAAAUUAAAUAUGAAUGUACGCAAAUUCAGUGCAAGAUUAUAUACACAUCAUGGUCAUCUGCUUGACACUUAUUAUAUUUUUAACAUGUUUUUAUGAUUAAUAAAGUGAUUUAAUACACGUUUUUAACAAGUACUUUUUAUAAACUCUUCUUUGAAAUGCCAUUGUAUUGUGCACUGGGAUAUCUUUUACGUCUCUCAACAAACUGUUUUUUUAGCUUUUAAAGUGAGAAACUCAGUUUUCUUUUGCUGUUAGUGUUGUUUUUCUAGAUAAUAUUUAUUGUUAUACGAUGAAAAUGAUUACUUGGAUCGAUCUUUCUGAUCUCGUUUGGCAUCAAACAUGCAAAUAUUUGUGGGCAACGGAUAUUAUCAGUUUAUCAAAAACGUGUAGGAAAUUCUAUGAUUUAGUUAAUGACAAUUAUUUCUGGAUAUGUUUAAUUCGAAAUCAAUUUGGAUCUAUGUUGUACAAGCGUUAUGUGUAUGAUGUGUUUGAUGACAAAAUGAUAAAUUCUGAUUUUAAUUUAUACCGGACUACUGCUGAUGAAAAAAGAUUUAUGAAGAUGUAUAAACAACGUAAAAAAUACGAUAUUACAUUUUGGUUUCAUUAUUAUCUAUGUAUGGACGAUAACUCUAAUGGAUAUUCAGGCCGACAACGGGCAAAUUGGUUUUCUCUAAAAGAACGCUGUCAUCAACUAAAUAUGUCAAUGACAAUUGAAAAUUUUCGAACAGAUUUAAAUUAUUAUCAAUUUAAAGGCAAUAGUAAUCAAUGUGUUGAUAAUAAUAAUAACUAUUUGAAAUUGCUAUAUUUUCAUUUAAGCGAUUGUAAACGUCUACUUGGUAAGUUAAGUACAACUGCUGUAAAAUGA